GGUGUCUCAGGUCUUGCCGCGUGGAUCCGAUUCCGAUUUGGCUCCGUGUCCCGCGCGUCACCGUCGACCGGUGGAAAAGAGCGAUCUCGAGUGGUGGUGAGUGCGAUGCGCAUUGCGGAUACGGUUUGUGCCCUUUGACCUCCGUCACGUCGGCUCGGAAUAUGGCUGUGCCAGGGCUACUACAGAGAUGUCUUAUCACGGUGAUGUGCUUCAGCUUUAGCUAUUCUCUACAAUAUUCGCCGGUGGAUGACAUUUCGGAUUGUGCCCUCGUGCUUGACCUCACUGCCAGAUCAUCCGUUUUCGAUUAUACGGCAAAUAUUUUACAGCAGCCUGGGGGAUACCAGCCACCACCUACCUGCAUCACAUAUGAUGCAAUAAAUCAAGCCUAUCUUGAUGCCAGAAAACGAAUAGGUUUCACCGAGCCCGUGGGGGAGUGGCGGCACCCCGACAUCGCCACCGUCGGAGAAAUACUCCUCGACAUCACCGCCCAGCUCACCAGGACAUACGGGCUGAGUCGGGACGACAUAGAAAAAGGACUGCCUCAAAUCGACACUUCGCGGACUCUCAUCCAAGAGAUCUGCCCCCCGAUUUUCUCCACCGUCGAGUGUCGACCAGGGAAGUACAGGCGGUUGGACGGACUCUGCAACAACGUCAACAAUCCUACUUGGGGCGCUACCAAUGCUCCUUACACCAGGUUAAUAUACCCAGCGUUUGCAGACGGGAUAUCUGACCCACGGGUAUCUAUCUCGGGCAACCCUCUGCCUUCUGCCAGGGUUGUCUCGCGGACCAUCCACCCUGAUGAAGGAUUCCACGACCACGCUGGCACGGUCAUGGUUGUGGCCUGGGGUCAAUUCAUGGACCACGACUUCACCUUGUUUGGAAUGCCUCUAGAUCCACGAAAUAAAAACGAACCAGAGGAGUGUUGCAACCGGCCACCACAACUAAAGCACCCGUACUGCUUAGAGAUCGAGGUCCCGGAGGAUGACUAUUUCUACCAAAAAUACAAAGUCAAAUGUCAAGAUUUCAUCCGAUCCUUCCCGUCACCCAAGCCCGGCUGCAAGCUCGGCUCUCGAGUGCCAUUCAAUACUUUGACAGGAGUUAUCGAUGGAAAUACAGUUUAUGGUGUUACCGAAGAAUUUGGCAGGCAUCUUCGAAUGGGAGUUGGAGGGCUGUUGCGAAUGAAUCCUGCGUUUGACGAAUUUGGACUCAAAGAUCUUCUUCCGCCAAAGAUUGAUUAUCCUGACGAGGGCUGCACCCGACUGAAUAGUACACAAUUUUGCUUCGAAGCCGGGGAAAUUCGGGUGAAUGAGCAACUUGUGCUAACAUGCAUGCAUACCCUAAUGGCCAGGGAACACAACAAGAUUGCUCGUGGCUUGGCAGAUGUUAAUCCACACUGGGAUGACGAGACUCUGUACCAGGAGGCGCGGAGGAUUGUGAUUGCCGAAAUCCAGCACAUCACAUACAAUGAAUUCCUCCCAAUAAUCCUAGGAAAAGAAGUGAUGGAGAAAUUCAAUCUUCUUACUGAGAAAGAGGGUUAUUGGGACGGCUACGACCCGGAAAUUAACCCAAACAUCCUGGACGCCUUUUCAGCAGCCGCCUUCCGAUUUGGGCACUCUCUACUUCCGACUGCAGUCGAGAGAUGGAGCAAAGCACACAAAUUUAUAGCGUCAAAACGGUUAUCAGACUUGAUCAGACGUCCAUACGAUCUCUACAGAGCAGGUGUCAUGGACGAAUACCUGAUGGGACUUAUGAACCAAGUAGCUCAAGCAAUGGAUGAUUCCAUCACACAAGAGGUGACAAAUCAUUUGCUCAAAAAGCCAGGCAAUCGCUUCGGGUUGGAUCUGGUGGCAUUCAAUAUGCAAAGAGGCCGAGAAUUUGGCAUUCCUGGUUACAUGCAAUUCAGGAAACUUUGCGGUUUACCAGAUGCCAACACAUUUGAGGAGUUGUUAGGUACAAUGUCUAAUUCGACUGUCUAUCGAUAUCAGUCAAUUUAUGAACACCCAGAAGAUGUAGAUCUUUGGUCCGGAGGUGUUUCAGAGCGGCCUUUGCCUGGUAGCAUGGUGGGCCCUACUUUUGCAUGUAUCAUUGCAACACAGCUCAACUACAUUCGAAGGGGGGACCGCUUUUGGUACGAGCUACCAAAUCAACCCUCGUCUUUUACUUUAGAUCAAUUGAAUGAAAUUAGAAAAAGUAAACUUUCUAGGGUCAUUUGUGAUAAUACCGAUCUGAUUGAUACCAUACAAAUUUACCCAAUGGUAUUACCAGACCAUGAUAUAAAUCCGCGAGUUCCAUGCAGAAGUGCGAUGAUACCACGUAUCGACCUUUCAAAGUGGGCUGACACACCUAGCAACCCUUCGAUACCACUUUCCUCCCACUUCGAUUUCGUGAGUAGCUUCGAUCAGUCUGCUUUCGACCCAUUCCUGGCCAAAUAGUAGAUCUCACUCGUGGCUACCUUAGACCUUUGAAAUUGUGUACAAAUUAUGUAGUUUUCUCUCUCGUUUUUAAGUACUGUAAAUACUGCCUCAAGAUCUCCGCUUGCCUGGCCAAAAUAUCGUUGCUCUCGCACAUGAUUUUUUUUUUUUUUUUCGUUUUUAUUUUGUCGGUCCGAAUAUUAACGACCACGACGAUCUUAUAGCCAUAAACCUUGCGGGUGAGACUCUCCGCUGCGUAAACUUUUCCCCAAAAGUUGUGCUUUUUGACUCGUCAAAUAAAGCAAGGACUCGAUGCAUUGUGAGGAUCACCCAUGUUCAAUCAAAACGUGACGGAGUUGGGUAGAAAGGAAAUUAAGCUGCGGAGUUACAAUUUGACCUUACCACAUUUAGCUCGGAGCAAAUAUUGGAUCGCGUCGAAAAGUCAAAAAAUGGCUAGAAUUUUGGAAUGUUCAAAACUAUUUUCAACUCUUGCGUUACAAAGCGACGCAAAAACAAUUUCUCAAUAAUGUAAAGAACAUUCACACAAAUUUGACCUCUUCGCUUUUUUCUUCUUCCCUGAUUCCGUCACCAAUUUGAAUGAACAAAUUUCCAAUCAAUUAUCAGAGAAAAAUUAUGAAAAGCAUUUAAGAGCUUUAACAAGUUUUGAAAUCUACAAGAGUUUGCAUGAACCAUGGAAUAUCUGCUCAGACUUCCCAUAAAAGUUAACUUUUGCAUUGACCCGACAGUCCUUCUAUAUUUUUUGCUCAGCUUUGUCAGAAAGGUGGAUAGCAGCUUUAUGAUUCAGCAAAAAGCUCUUUUUUCCUUUUUUUUAUCAAAUCUGGUUAUACUUAAAAUUACAAAAAUCCUGUGCGUAUCAGUGCAAUAAGUUAAAAUCAAAAUGCGGCGGAGAAUCUUGAAAUUUUAGUUGCCAUAUUUGCAUUUAUGUACCAUUUUAGACAAUUUCUUUUCCUAAUGUUUUACUAUCUAUCUUUUAGGUCUUAUCGACUUUGUUAGUAGCUCAAAUCGCGAGGAAAUAAAUUAUUGAGUGAAAUCGACUGAUUAAAACAUCCUGGGCCUUUAGAACAAGAAAAAUAAAAUAUGAUUUCAUUCUGUACGAGGGAAAAAUCGUUUUUCUGUCUUAUUCUGUCAUACAUGGACAGAGAGCUUAAUUUGUGUUAAGGCAGGCUGAUCGGUUUGAUUUAUGAAGUGUGGGUUGAAUUCUUAAUUUUUUUCCUGUGGCAUCUAAUCACUGUUUCCAAGCCUAUAUGAAAUACGCUUAGAAUAACAUUUGGGUGUUUUACAUUAGCCUAUUGGCUCUCGUUCAUAGAAAUAUCAAUUUAUUACGAAGAUACUUAAAGGUUAAAGUUCACCCAAAAAUUUAAAAAAAAACACUCAAACAAAGCUCAAAGUGGCAUUAACUCAAGGAAUUAUUUAGUCGAUACUCGCAUUCGAGGAGUCUUAAGCUUCUCAAAUUUUGAAGACUUCAAUUUUAGGGCAAAGUGCAACAUUUUAAUUAUAAAUUAUUUUUAAAAUUUGAAAAUGUUCCAAUUUUGACCACCCUUACCUUUAUGUUUCCCAGAGGCUCUAUUUUUGUACAGUCAAACUUUGAGUUUAUUGUGAUCUGCCACAUGCGACGUAUACAUAAUAUGCGAUAGCUGUAUGCUCAUGAUUGUUGCGCCAUUUUAAUGACUGCAGUGCUUUAGUAUUUGUUGUAUACAGUAGAGUCCUGACUUUCGUAGGAAAUUUUGUACUUUUAUAUGUUUUCUUUGCUUCAAGUAUGAAAGGAAAAUUCAGCGAAGAAUGAAUGUCAUACAUCUGUUACACUUCGUUGGUGAAAUUUCCCAUAGUCCGGAGACUGCGUACAACUUUUUUGUCCUGACCGUGGACUGGCUGAUGUUCUUGCCCACUCCGUGAGCUGGACACUGAACAGCCAGCCCGCGGACUGACCUAUUAAAAGCCUGGAAAUUACACCAACGGGGCGUAAUAUAUCAACACUUCAACAGGUCAUACGUGUAUUUAGCAAAUUGUUCACUGUGAUUAACCAUCACUUGAAGGAUUUAGUAAACAUUUCCGAUAAGUGAAUUUGAUGGGCAACAGUUUUAAACAAAUUAUAGGGAAGGUAUUGGUGAUUUCCAGGAAGAGUUUCAAAACGUGACUUGCCCUAAAUAGAUCACCAAUAUUCAAUUUAAACCCCCUAUGAAUAUGUACCUAUAUUUUUCUAAAUCAUACACGUCGCCGUAAUUUUUUAACUUUAAACCCAUCAUCCUCAAAAUCACAAAAUAAAGAACUCAGCAAACUCAUUUACCGGAAUAUUUAUACACCAUGUAAACUAUUCAACCAAUCUUAUCUACUUUUGGAUUUUCUACAAUAUUAUAAUACUGCGCUAGUAAUCCAAUCCACACUAAAGUAAAUGAUUGGAACUCAUCGUUUUCCCUAUUUAUGCUAGCAUUGUAGAAGUGUGCGAAUGAUUAAGAAACAGAGUGUGUGGAGAAUAAUGCUGAGGAGCUCAUCUAUCACACAUUGUCACACAACGAUCAAAUGUAUCAGUACUAAGUUCAUAUCAUUAUGUCUUCUCAGUUUGAUUAACAGUGUAUAAAACCAAACCACAAUGCAAGUAGCCAUAAAUAAAACUCGUGUAUGACGCAUUCAGCAGCGUCAUGUAUAAGGCUGUCGAUUUUACAUGUGUGGACGGUGAUUUUAUGGGAUACGCGACAUCAUUUUGUUUCAAGUUACCUAUUUUUUUUGUCAAUAUUGAGAUUUGCGUAAAAGUCACUUGUCAUUGUUCAUGCUAAAAAAAUAUACCGAAUAAAUUUAUUUUGCAUUUCUUUUUUACAACAAA